UGGCAUUUUUGUGUCAUUUCUCGCAGUUGCGUUUUCACCGAUUUUAUUUAAAUCAUUAAUGAAAUGUAUCUUAAACUGGUGUCUAUUGUUUAUAUAUUCAGCAUCUGCGCUGGUAGCUGCACUGCGAGCAAUGAAGAAACCUCCAUCCUGCCAGAGGGCUAUGUGGAUGCCACCCAGAGAUCGACGCACACCAACAACUGGGCUGUGCUGGUGGAUGCGUCCCGGUUCUGGUUCAAUUACCGGCAUGUAGCCAACGUCCUGUCCAUCUACCGGUCUGUGAAGCGCCUCGGCAUUCCCGACUCGCAGAUCAUUCUGAUGAUAGCAGACGAUAUGGCCUGUAACGCCCGCAAUCCGCGUCCCGGCCAGGUCUACAACAACGCCAACCAGCAUAUCAAUGUCUACGGCGACGACGUGGAGGUGGACUAUCGCGGCUACGAGGUGACCGUGGAGAACUUUGUCCGCCUCCUGACUGGCCGCACCCAGAACGGUACGGCGCGCUCCAAGAAGCUGCUCUCCGAUGCCGGCAGCAAUGUUCUCAUCUACCUCACCGGCCAUGGCGGCGAUGGUUUCCUGAAGUUCCAGGACUCGGAGGAGAUAACCAGCCAGGAGCUGGCCGACGGCAUCCAGCAGAUGUGGGAGAAGAAACGCUACAAUGAGCUCUUCUUCAUGGUGGACACUUGCCAGGCCGCCUCGUUGUACGAGAAGUUUAGUUCGCCCAAUGUCCUGGCAGUGGCCAGCAGCCUGGUGGGGCAGGAUUCGCUCUCGCAUCAUGUGGAUCCUUCGAUUGGUGUGUAUAUGAUCGACCGCUAUACCUACUAUGCCCUGGAGUUCCUAGAGAAGGUGCAGCCAUUCAGCACGCGCACCAUUGGCGAAUUCCUGCAAGUGUGCCCCAAGCGUGUCUGCAUUUCGACUGUUGGCGUGCGUAAGGACCUCUACCGACGCGAUCCCCACAAGGUGCCCAUAACGGACUUCUUUGGCGCCAUCAGGCCCACACGCGUCUCCACGGACCGCAUCAAUGUGACGCUGGCCAACGAGAGUGACUUUAUUGCCAAUCCGGAGGAUAUUUCUGUGACCAAGAGGCAGUUCAAUAUCAUCAUGGAGUCGCAGUUUCCGUCCGAAUUUUUCAAAUGAAGUUCAUUCCAAGUACAAAACAAUCAAAAACCAAAGCCACAAAAAAAACAGCAAUAUGGCUGGGGGGACCUGCACUGCAUCUGAAUCGACCGACGCCUGCCUAUCUACCCCAAAAACAAUUUCUAGACAUAUUCGGUGUAUACUUUUUGGGGCAUUCAAGUGCUGCACCCACUCAGGAGAUACUGCCAUGGGUAUCCAUAAAUACAUAGAUAUCACAUCUAGGAUUAGUGCAGAA